CGUCUACUGCUGCUAGACUAUAGGGUCCUUGUUUAAAAUGAACACCAUGGAAAAGAAGUAGAAUGUAUGUACAAGACAAAUGAUCGUCUCUUAAUCCGUGUUCAGUUUAGGGGCUGUGACUGCGACAACUUAUUUAAGUGCAAUCUCAUAUCUUUCACGGGUUCUUCAUGCAUCGCUUUCAGUAACUCACGAAAUGGCAGGAUCACCUGGCACAGCGGUGACCUACGACAAUGACAAAUGGGGGUGGGUGAUGGUGGCAUCGCUGUUUGUCUGUUGUUUUGUGACCAUGGGUAACAUCAAAGCGCUGGGCGUCCUGCUCAUUCCAAUCAACAAUGACUUCGAUAGCGACCUGUGGAUCAUCGGGUGGAUUGCAGUCUGGUACAACGUGACGUUGAACUGUCUGGGGCCUGUCGUAGGAGCCCUCUCUCGUAUUCUCGGUAGCCGUCCAAUGAUGAUCUUUGGUGGACUUCUGUGCACCGCAGGUUUCAUGUUGACAUCAAUAUCGACAACCGUCUCUCAAGUGGCCAUCUUUAUCAUUGGAUUGGCUGGUGUAGGGUCUUCGUUUGUUUGGUUCAACAACUUUGCCGCAAUGGCCUGGUAUUUCAAGGACAACUAUGUGACCGCCUUUGGAAUAGGAACCAUGGGUAUGCCAAUAGGUAUUAUGACUCUAGGACCCGUCACCCAGGUCCUUGUUGACACCUAUGGCUGGAGAGGAACCAUGCUCGUGCUGGGAGGUGUCUCGUUUCAUCUGGUGGCCUGUGGUAUGUUAGCGCAAAGGGAUCAGUUUUCCUCCUCGACGGACGGUGAAGAGUACCAAGUGCUUCGAGAAGAUGACAGCAUGCACGCUGAGGAAGAAGCCAAUGGCACCUCUGUUUGCACCUCUGCAGCUCGGAAUCUCCCAGAGCAAAACCUGCGUGAAAGGGCGAGAGAGUUUUGCCGACGCUUCAUCGCUGCUCUCGAUUGCGCAGUCCUGACUGAUGUCAGGUUUGUCUUGCUGACUACAGCCAGGUGUACGGUAGCCUUCGCGUUCAGUGGCUGGAUGGUCUACAUGGUGUCGCACGGACAAUUCCAGGGUCUAACGGAAACCCAGGCGUCUUUCUUGCCCACUGCGUUCGGGAUAGGUAACAUUAUUGGUAAAGCUGUAGCCCCCGUGCUUCACUGUUUCAGCCUAAAACCACGUAUGACGAUUUUGGCGUGUUUCGGGUGUGGUCUGCUGUGUGUGUCCCUGGUCGGCCACGCCUUUAUCAGACCGUUCAUUGGACAAAUGGCCGUGGUGGGUGUGGUUGGGGCGGCUAAUUCGUUGAUAUACCAAACUGUUGAAGUCAUGACUCGGUUCCUCUCGACAGACGACCGAUUAGUUAGUAUACUGGGUUGGCAAGGAGUCUUUACUGGAGUGGCUGCAGCAUUUGGUGGGCUCACAUCAGGAUUGGUAUAUGAAUGGUCAAGGAGCUUCAGCAUAUCGUUCUGCAUGUAUGGUGGACUGACGUUGCUAGCAAUUCCCUUGUUGGUAAUUGAUGAUGUUAUUUACACCAAACAAAGGCAACGAUAAAAUUGACGCGGCCUGCGGCCGGCGGGAAUGAAAGCUAAACCGUUCCAUUAGUUUAGUGGGAAGAAGGGGUUAUCGUGCACCCUCGGAAAUCAGCUUCUAAUUGACGUCUUUAGAUCAGAAAAAAUGCGUAGAAAACGAUUUGCUAUGUUAAAAAAUUUUUUUUAAUGUCCCAGGUAUUGUGCAAAUUAGUUCUGCCAUUACCGAAAAAUCAAUUUUUCACUAUUAUUGCAGAUAACUGAGUAAAUUAGGUGUCUAAACCCAUUUUUUCAAGAUCAGAAAUCACACUAAAACUAUUCUUGAAGUGACCACAUGUGUCUGUGGCGUAGGAAUAUGCAAAUUAGU